UCCACACUCUGAUCUCACCGCUCAGUUUCACUCCUGACUCGGCUCUGGAGCUGGGUGACAUGUGGAGGACCUGAUUACACUGAGAUUUUCUCAUCUUUAAAACAGAGUCGAGGAGGUUAAAGACAUGAGCGGUGUCACAGUUUGGGCAGAGGACGGGGACAUCGCUCAGGAGGAGGCGCGAUCUUCUCCCCCCUGGUCAGAGGAGCGCUGUGAGGAGCUCUGGGAUCGGGUGGAGGGGGUACGGCACAAGCUCACACGCAUCCUGAACCCGGCCAAAAUCACCCCCUAUCUGCGGCAGUGCAAGGUCAUCGACGAGCAGGAUGAGGACGAGGUGCUCAACUCCACACAGUACCCACUGCGCAUCAGCAAGGCCGGUCGUCUGCUGGACAUUCUGCGUGGUCAGGGGCCGCGAGGGCUUCAAGCCUUCAUGGAGUCACUGGAGUUUUACCACCCAGACCAGUACACACAGCUGACAGGAGAGAAGCCCACACAGCGGUGCUCCCUCAUACUAGAUGAAGAAGGUCCAGAGGGUUUGACCCAGUUUCUGCUCCUGGAGGUGCGUAAACUGAGGGAGCAGCUUCGAAACAGCCGCAUGUGUGAGCGGCGCCUGUCUCAGCGCUGCCGCAUGGCUGAGGAGGAACGCAGCCGCGCCGAACGUAAAGCUCAGGAUUUACGUCAGGACAAACUGCAGCUUGAGAGGCUGCGUCAGGAUUGGGAGUCUGCCAGUCGAGAGCUGGGAAAGCUCAAGGACAGGCACCUGGAGCAGGCUGUGAAGUACUCCCGGGCCCUGGAGGAACAGGGCAUGGCCUCCACCCGUGAGAGAGAGCUGCUGAGGCAGGUAGAGGAGCUGAAGUCCAGGUUGGCAGAGGCAGAGAACAAAGAAGUCGUUACACCGGGGAAUUCAACGCCAGCAAAAUGCAACAGUUUGCUCUCCAAUGGCGUACAUGGUUCUCCACCUCCUUUACCGGAAAAGCCGCUGCACCGCAUUGAUAUUCAGAAAGCUGAGAAUACAACAGCUCAGAUGAGGGGCUCAGGUCCUGCCUCUGGAGCCAUAGCUCUGUUGGAUAUCCUGCAGCAGGACCGCAGGGAGGCCGCAGAGCAGAGGCAGGAGCUCUGUGAUAUCAUUACCAGACUACAGGGGGAGCUACAGAGCACAGAGGAGCACUGGGAGAAGCUGGAGUCGCAGUGCGAGCAGUUGCAGCUGAAGGUGAGAACUCUCCAGCUGGACUGGGAGACUGAGCAGAAGAGGAGUGUGUCCUAUUUCAACCAGAUCAUGGAACUGGAAAAGGAGCGAGACCAGGCUCUGCGCAGUCGAGACAGCCUGCAGCUGGAGUACACCGACUGUCUGCUGGAUAAGAACCGUCUGCGUAAGCGCAUCGCAGAGCUGCAGGCCAACCUGGAGCAGCAGGAGAGGGAGCUGGAGAGAGAAAGGGAGAGGAGCCGGGAGCAGAUCGAGCAGAACAGCCCCUGUCUGCACUGUUCCCACCUCUCCCUGUGCAGUGAGGACCAGUGCUACGGCCCCUGCUGUUCCCUCGGCCUGGCCAAUGGCACCCGCCCGCUGCUGCGAAAGACGCCCUCUAGUGGCCAAGCCAAUGAAAACUCAGGGGAUUCCCACUCCAACUCAGAGGAGAAUCUCCUAUUGUCAACAGAAGACAAUGAAAAAGAAAUAAAUCGUCUCUCCACAUUCCCCUUUCCUCCGUGUAUGAACUCCAUCAACCGACGGUGCAACACAGAGUUUGACUUGGAAUCCUGGGGCAGUGAUGAGAACGAUAAUAUUACAGGUGAGCAGAGUGAACUUUCUUUGUGGGAUUCCUGGAACUCUUUACACUCUCAUCUCUUCCCUCCUGACCUGGUCAACCUGCCCGCAGUCUCCUCACACCAGCCCAGGCCUCGAGUUCCCAGGAUACCCUCCCGCUCCCCGUCCUCAAGUCCGCCCAUCUCACCAAAGCACGGGAGAGCCAGUCUGGCUGAUGACAUCACGAUAGUCGGAGGAAAUCAAACAGGGAUCUUUGUCAGCCAUGUGAGAGCCGGUUCUCCAGCUGAACAGUGUGGACUGAAGGAGGGCAGCGAGCUGUUGGAGCUGGAGGGUGUUCUGUUCGGAGGGGGCAGUGUGCUGCUGGGCCAGUGCACUGCUGAGGUGGCCCACUUUUCUCUGCAGUGGUGGGCUGAGCCUUCCACACUCAAACACCGGAGCAACCCAGAGGCAUACGCCAAGCUGUGCUCCCAGCUCUCCUCGCCUUCUUUCAUGGGUGCUGACUCCUUCUACGUGCGUGUCAACCUCAACAUGGAGCCUCACGGUGACCCGCCGUCUCUGGCUGUGUCUUGUGACGACAUUGUAAAAGUGACAGACACACGGUACAAUGGAAAAUACCACUGGCACUGUUCCCUGGUGGAUCCACUCACAGCUAAGCCCCAGCAGAGAGGGACCAUGCCCAACUACAACAGGGCACAGCAGAUGCUGCUUGUAAGGCUACGAAAAAUGGCCCUGGACCAAAAGGACUUCAAGAAGAAGUUCUUGAAGAAAGCGUCCGGACGUGUACGAUUGGUCAAAGCAGUGGACCCCGGCUGCCGUGGGAUUGGUUCCACACAUCAGGUCCUUUACACACUCAGCAAACGUCAUGAGGAGCACCUGAUCCCAUACAGUUUAGUGCAGCCGGUGCAGGUUCAGACUAAGCGGCCGGUCAUCUUCGCCCCCUCUCUUCUCUCUUGUGGUCUCAUAGAGAGGCUGCUGCAGCCAGCAGAGUCCGGUUUGAAGUUUGACACCUGCCCAGCAGAGCCGAUCCAGGCCUCAGAGAGACGAGACAAGAGAGUGUUCCUGUUGGAUUCCUGCAGUCAAGAGCAGGCUCUGGGGAUACGGCUGCAGUCAAUACAGGAUGUCAUCAGCCAGGACAAACACUGUCUGCUGGAGCUGGGGCUGCACAGUGUAGAGGGCUUACUGAGACAGGGGAUUUACCCUAUCGUCAUCUAUAUCCGCCCGAAGAACAAAAAGCACAAGAAGCUGAGGAAGUUUUUUCCACGGUGUGGAGAGGACAGCGUGAUGGAGGAGGUGUGCCAGGCCGAGGAGCUGCAGCUGGAGACUCUGCCCCUGCUCUACUACACCCUGGAGCCCAGCACCUGGAGCUGCACUGAUGAGCUGCUGGCAGCCAUAAGCAGCGCCAUCCACAGCCAGCAGAGGGCGGUAGCAUGGAUUGAACUGGACAGGCUGCAGUAGAAGAGCUAUAUACAUAGUGUGUACGUUCACAAUGCAAACUAUAUUCUGCUGUGUUUGAAUAAAGGUCUACAGAGGGUUAAUAUUUAAGGUUAGAUCAUCCUACUGUUCUAAGUGAGAGGGCAAAUUUAGAUUUAUGUGUAAUCUCUCUGUGUACAUACAUGAAAAGAGGAAUUUCAUAACUCUCGUCUAUAGCCAAGCUGGACUGGCGACAAUGGGAGAAGAGUGAAAGCAUUUUAAAACUAAAGCAGAUGUGACCCACACGAGAAAGGUCAGUGUAUGUCAGCACAGAGUUGCCUUUAGUUAGCUGUUUUAUCAACAAGAUUUAUAUUCUUGUACUACUUUUUAUCAUAUAACUGUACUUUAAAGAUAUCUGUCAAGGGAUCACACAUGUUUAAGGCAUCUGGGUCAAUGGUCAUGGUUGUGAGAACACAGAGAUAAAAGGUACAAGUGAAGGGGAUCACAGGAUGUUGUAAGCAAGUUGUAGCAGAGGGCACAAAUCUGUUCAUCCGCAGUUUGUAUUUGCUAUAAAGACUAUGUCCUUUGUGGGCUGACAUAAUCUUUAAGAUGUAAACCAAAUACACAUCAAUCCUAAAGUAUCAAACUGAUGUAACUGUAGUUAAAUGAACACAGCUUUUUUUAAGAGACAAACUACAUUACUAGAUAUUAUUUUAAGUGAGCUGUGUACGACUGAAAGUCAGCAAGUGCUGCGUUUGUAUUUACACUGGACAACAGCAUGGAGGACAAAAUAUGAUUUAAGUAUCAAUAAAUACACAAAUAGAUGCAGGAAUAAAUAAGUGAAUAUGGAGAUAAAUACAUUUAUAAAAAUACAGGGAUAAAGAAAUAAAUAGGCCUACAAAAAAUGAAUAAAUAAAUGUAUGAAUAAAUACAGGAAUAAAUAAAUAGAUACUGAAAAAAAGAAUAGUUGAUGAUUAAAUAGGACAAAUUAUUUCUACAUUUUUUUCCAACUACAUUUUUUCAUUUAUACAAUUCUUUACCUGUAUGUUACUAAGGUAGGAGGUCCUAACCUCUGUGUUUAUUUCUUUAUUUAUGCAGUUAUUUAUUAUUUCCGUGUUUAUUCUGGCAUUAAUUUCUUGUAUCUUGUAUUUAUUUAUUUAUCUCUAUAUUUGCUACAUUUAUUUACUGAUUGAUACUGAAGUUAUUUUUUGUCCUCCAUACAACAGAAGCUGUCACCACUAUGACAAAAUGAUCUUGUUUUUUACUGCAAUUUCUUUACAUUCAUAACCUGUUUCAAAAAUAAAUGUAUACAACAGACUUGA